AUGGACAAUGUGAAGCCCAUUCUCUCCAACAUCAUCGAUGAAGCAGAUGUGUCGAUACGCGUCGGGUUUGACGAGGUCGGCCGGCUGCCCGAGAUCCUGAAGGCCGUGCCCCAGGAGGAGAUUGAGCGGCUGCAGAGGAACAUCGGCAGGUUCUGGAGGAGGUUUGCCUACACCUCACACCGCGUGUACCAGAAGAGGCUGAGGGACAUCCAGGAGCGCAACCUUGCGCUGCCCGCCCUGGACACCGAUGUCACCCUGCUGCCUGAGCGGGAGGGCAUGUUCGACCUGGAACAGAGUGACGCCAUGCAGACCAUCUUGGAGUGGCUGUAUGGCCGCAUGGACUAG